AUGACAUUGCAUAAGGAACCACUAGACCAAGAAGAUCAAGAUGCUAUCAUCCAAGAUGCUAGAGCCGGCGACGUCGACUCUCUGAAGGAGAUCUUCACAACAUUGAUUGACCCAUCCAUGCUAGUAACCUGUAAGGACUCUGUCUCCCAAUCAUCAGCAUUACAUAUGGCUGCUGCCAAUGGCCAUUUAGAUACUGUGAAAUAUAUCCUUUCGUUAGUACCUGAAUCCGAACAGAAAGAGUUUAUCAAUUUACAAAAUGAAACAGGGAACACAGCAUUACAUUGGGCUUCCUUAAAUGGGAAACUUGAUGUUGUUACGUAUCUAUGUGAUGACUUUGAAACUGAUCCAUUUAUUAGAAACAAAUUCGGUCAUGAUGCUAUCUUUGAGGCAGAAAACAAUGGAAAGGAGGAGAUCGAAACAUACUUCUUAAAGAAAUAUGAUGUCGAACCAGAAAGUGACGACGACAGUGAUGACGAAGGAAACAAUACAUCUGAUAAUGUCCCAGCUACCACAGAUAAUGUUGAAAUUACAGCAGGUACAGAGAUUGAAAACGUUACUGAAGAAGCUACAAAGAUCUUAAAUGAACAGGCCGCUAAAUUAAGUAUCGAAGAAAAUUGA